GUCCCACCCCAAAAAUCUGUGAAAGCAUCUGUUGUUCUUUCGGACUUUACCGGUGCUCAGAGACAUGAAUGAGAGGCACACUGUAACAGAGUAAAAGCAGUUUGUGUCCUCUCUCAGAAAUCACUGACGCUGAAGGGGCAGCACAGCAGGGCUCAGCACUGGGGAGAAAAACGAAGUUUGUACAAGUAUGGAAAAAAAUCUUUUUUGAGAAGCCGAAAAGUUAAAGAAAUUGGAUCAAGGUAAGAAGCCUUAUUUGUUUCAUUAUUGUUUAUUCCACAUUUCACAGACAUGUUGAAAAUGUAAAUUAUUGUCAGCCCAGCUGUGCUUUUUAGUUUAUAGUCUAUUAAGAAUGAUUGGUCAUAGAAAAGUUUUCUUGUGUUUUUUCUCUAUUGUUUGCUUGUUGCUCUGACUCCUAAUUUUUACCCUCUUUAACUAAUCACAUGGAUCCCUUUGUUUGAUCUUGCUUUUUAGGAAUUUAUAUGUCCUUGGUUUUUACCUUUUUUUUUUUUGCUCUUUUUUACUCAUGUCAACUGAACCAAUACAAGUGUGAGAUACAUACAGUACCACCUUUUAAAUUCUGACAUCUAUUUAGAUUUUUAAAAAAGAGAGAAAGAAAGAAAUUAGAUCUUCUUUUCCCCCGCAGUCAUUUGGCUCAUGGCAUUGCCCUCAGCCUCUGUGACUCCAGAUAAUGUCUCACAUCAGCACUGACAGAGCAGGAAGUCCCACAUCUCUGGGGGAACGUUAGAGUCACUUACACUUGGAAACUACUACUCGUGGAUUUCCACCUCCUGCCCUAGAAAGUGGAUCAUGUGAUCUUGGGAUGUUGAUGAUCUAGCUCCAUCUCUCAGACAGGUUUAAUACUCAGUGGGCACUCUCCCCACUCACACACCUUCACCUCCAAACUAAAUCCCUCACUCUUGGUCUAUUAUACUAGUUUAUCAAGAGCAGACUCUCUUUGUCCCUCUGUCUUUUUACUAUCCGGUACCCGCUGAAGUGUAAAGGCAUGAUAAUCCUGCUUGUCAGACAGGGAUGUGAGUCAUGCCUCCCCCCUUAGAGGGACCCCAACUCCCCUGUUUGUGUUGCUCCUUUAGAGAGCAGUCUGGUUUAUAUAGGUUGUCAGCGUCAUGAGCAAACUCAGUAAAGUGUGGAGGGACAUGUGAGGAUGUUGUGUUGUGACAUUCACACACUGACUGCAGAAGUGUGCGACAAAGUGUGUAUUUGAGUGUUAGGAAACAAUUUGUGUGUUUUGAGCAGACAGGUGGUGUGAUCCUGCAUGCUACAGAAAACACACUCCUCUGACCGAUGAGAGGCUGUAUUCACAAAGUGUUAUUGGUGUUGGCAUCAGUAGUUUCCUAUGUUUUUAAUAUACCCCCACCCCAACACCAGAGCCCUUCUUAUGACUCAUAGUUUUGAAAAAAGAAGUCUUUUUUUGUUUACCUUUGUCAAUCAUUCAUGCUGAGUGGCUGUGUUCUGUGUUUCUCCAGGAAGCCCUGAUGCUUCAGCGUCAUUUCCAGCUCCCCUUUGAAGAGGAAUUUGACACAUCUUUGUGAUAAAAGGGAUGAAUGAGGUACAGAAGGUUUAAAUGUCAAAUGUUUACUCUCAGUCCUGUCUCAGACCUCAAGCAAGAUGUCCCACACCCUCUUAAUUAAAGUCAUAAUGAAAUUUAUAAUUGGUUCAUCUCAAAAUGUAUCUUAUUAUUAUUAUUCAACUUGCUGUUCUCAUGUUUGCAAUUAAAAAACAAAAAUUGGUCCAAUUAUUGUUAUACCAGGGUCAUCUGGGGUGGGACUAGUUUAAAGUGAGGAGCGCCCUCUAGAAUGAAAUUAAUCAAAUACAGUUUUUUUCUCAGGAUGAAGAGCAAUUUGUCAGCAAAGGACCAAAACUGGGAUUGAUAUAUUAAGAAAUUUAUGUUUUCAAAUGUUUAUUUGGAACAAAAUAUAUAUCCCUUUCUUUCAUUUAAAUGAACUAAGACUGAGUGAGAGCUUUGUUAGUUUUCAUAUAAGGCACUUUAGACACUCCUGACUGAAUCAAAGCCACUUUUACUUUCCCUUCUCUUUCAGGGCCGCUCUGCUUUACUCAGGAGGUGCCACCUUGCCUUGUCAAAGACUGACACCCUCAGCUCUGCUCCUGCCAGAGAUGCUCUCUCUGUGGAUGAUGGAGGAGCUGCUCAGCCUGAGAGCGAUGCAGCGUUCCCUCUGUGUGAGAUCUCAGACCUGUUCGAGAGCGAGGAUGGCUCCCCACCGACCCAAGACACAAGCCAGGGUUCAACUCAGGACCAGGUCCUACUCAAUCAGCCAGCGGACGGCCGGCAGAACUUGCGCAUGAAGUUCCAGGGUGCUUUCAAGAAAGGCAUUUCUAACCCCAUGGACCUGCUGGAAUCUACAAUCUAUGAGUCAAAUGUGGUUCCAGGCCCUAAGAAAGCACCCAUGGACUCACUCUUUGACUAUGGCACCUACAGGAACACCAGUAACCAGAAGAGACGAAGGAAGAAGCUCCCAAGAGGGUGAGAGAGGCCUCACUGUUUCGAAACGUAAUAACUAUGUGUGUCUUUAAACUAUGUCUGUUCAGAGAUUCACAGCCUGUUUUAACAGUGGUGAACUUAUGAGACCGGACUUAAGGGCUGGUUUGGAAAAAUGUCAUAAAGUAAAACAGCCCCCACAACUGCCACUGUAGACAGAGGUGUGCCACAAGAGGACGUACACACACACACACACACACAGACGUAGGAACACACACGAACCCACUGUGAACCAAGUAGUGCCUCAUUCACUGAUCUAACAGAGAGCAUGUUGUUGGUGAGUCUGCAGCAGUUGAGGUAAUAUUUAUGCUGCUCUCAGUUUCUGGCUGCACUACCUGUCCCAAACACACAGGGCUCUUUUUAUGUCGUUUGAGGGUGUGGCAGAUAGCUCAAAAGAUGGUUUUCACCUCAAACACACAUAAAGUUUCCUGUCAAUGAAAGUAAAAAGAUUCAAAGUGAAUUCCAGAUUAAAUUUUUAGUUUAUUUCAAACUGAACAUGUGGCGCAGGAUAGUCAUAUAACGAUUUUGUGUCUUUGCAGUAAAACUGAAACAUCGUGCGAUGAUGCUCAAAGUCCAGACCCCCCAAAAGUGAUGAAAAUAUUCAAUCGCUCUCUCCUCUUCGACUGCGUGUCACGCGGAGACUCUGUGGCUCUGGACGGCCUGUUGGAGUACCUGCAGAGUCAUGAGAAGAGGUUAACCGACGAGGAGUUCAGAGGUGAGAUCAGACGGACUUCAGUUGACUGAAUACCUGUCAAAAUUCAGACUUUAGGUAACUAAUUACUAUCAUUGUUUGAAUGAGGAUUUGAGCUACACCAGCACCUCUAUAAGCUUUUAUUUUGGUGCGUAACACAAAUUGAAAUUUUCCCUAUUACAUAAGGAUCCUGUCAAGUUUAUCGACUUCAAUCCAUAAACAGACUUGGCCUUCAUAGCUUUAACUCAGCUUUAUCCCGUGACUGUUUCACCUUUGACCUUUUGCAUUAUCUUGCCUUGCUCUCGCUGCUGUUUCUGGCUCAGAGGAUGUGACAGGGAAAAGGUGGAGUAAUGUCAGAGUCUUUGUCCUGCUAGAGGCAGGCCUGAGGAAGCUUCCUGUGUGUGUCUGUGAGGGAUUUUCUCAGGGUUAUAACAAGGAGCAGAGAGAAAUCACAGCAAACUGUCAACUCCUUUGGAUUGUUAAAUAGGGCCUCACAGUCUCCUAAAAACUGGAUGACUAAAAAUAGUAUAGGACUUACAUGGCCCCCUUUUUAACUCUAAAUACCCAACUACUUGUUUAAUUGUGCAUGUAAAAAAAUGUAGGUAUGCUUUUGUGAUGUAUUCAUUCAUGGGAUGGAUUAGGAUAUCCAAUUUUAUCAGAGAAUAUGACAGAUUAAUGUGGAUUUAGAUUACACAUGGAGAUAUUCUGGAUGAGCUUGUGUGAUUGAACAUCCAAGAAAACAAAGAAACAGAGAUUAAAAACUUUGGAAUACAUUUAUUUUUCAUUAAGUCAAAGUGAACACUGUAAACAAUGUUGCAACAGAGAGUGUCUAAUUCAACAGAGAUGUUUGAUUAGUCGUAGAGAUAACGGGUAAGUGGCAAAUUUACCCAGCAAAAAGUAAAUAGAUGGCAAAAAGUAAAAUAAUGAUUGAAAUGCGAGGCUAACAUUAAGACAUAAUGGCAGUUUUAAGUAAACGGGAAAAUUGUGGUUAAAAAGUUCAUAAAAUAAGCAAAGAGAAAUGGAUGGGCAGUUAUAAUAGAAAGCCAAAAACAUUUUUAAAAAUGUACAAAAUGAGCAGGAAAAAAGUAUUAGCUUGAAGUAACUGUUUAAACUGAAAAGGUGAAAUAGUUACAUCAACAUUAAGUGUUGGCAGUUCAAAUUGUGAGCUUCAGGUAAUGUAUAAAUAGUUUGAUUUGAUUGCUUACAUUGAUUGGCAGUAGGGAAAUAGGUCACCAAAUAAUGCGUUUAAUAAACAGGCAAAAAUAAAGGAAGGAAAAAAUCCAAAUCAUCAACUGCAAAAGGUCAGUAGCAUGACUUCAGUGCUGUUACAUGCUGGUUUUUACAAUAACAAAUGGACAAAUACUUUAUAUAUUUGGCCAAAUGAAGCAUUGACAGUUCAAAUAAAGUGAAUACGACAGUUAUUAGUCGAUUCUAAAUUAAAACAAACUGUUUUUCUCGUAUUAAUUUUUCUUUUUUUUGUAAUGAUUCUUAUGUCUCCCAGAGCCGUCCACUGGUAAGACCUGUCUGCCUAAAGCCCUGUUGAACCUUUACGGAGGGCAGAAUGAGACCAUCCCUCUGCUAGUGGAAAUAGCAGAGAAGACGGGAAACCUCAGAGAGUUUAUAAACACGCCUUUUAGGGAUGUUUACUACAGAGGUAUGUACAAACUGAAUGAUGAACGCAUUCAGUUACAUAAAGCUAAUUUGCAUUUUGUGAAAAGUAAGUAAGACUCUUAGUGUAACUUUAUGGACCACUGUGAAUCUUUCAUUCUCAGAGUUUUGGUUUGGUUUUUGUUUUCUUGAGAAUGACUGCAGCUCUCUUAGCUGGUGGAUGAGGCUCAGUUUAUGUGAAAAGGUCUGUAUUCAUAGUUAGUGUAUACAGAGAGUGUUUAGAGCUCUAUAAAUGAGAGGGUCCAGGUCUCCACUCAUGAAACAAGCUUCAAGAACAAAAUGUAAGACAAAAUGUGGAGCUACGUUAAACAUUUUCUCCAAGACUGGCUAUUUUGCCCUUUAACUAACUGCUACAGCUUCCACGUAUUUGUUAAUAUAUUUAAGAGGUGCUUAUUCUGCUUUGGAAACAAAUUUUAUAAGACAUAAAAAAUGUUUGAAGGCCUGUUUUGUUAAAGGAUUCUGCCCCACAGAAACCACCUGCACAUAAAUGUUGCUCUGGCUCCUUACUGCUUUCUUCUAAAUGACCUCUGACCUCAAUCUCAUAACUUCACACCAGUUUCUCAUUCAAAGAUAAACAAAAAACACUUGGCACAUAAAAAGACUUCACACACUUUUCACAUUACUUACAUUUCCUUGAGGUAAACUCUGUAUCACAUUUUUCAAUAAACAGGACACUUAAGUAGGAUUCUGCAAUAAAUGUAAUAGCUAAAAUAUUUCUUUUUUGUUGUGUUUUGUGUAUUAACAGGCCAGACGGCGCUCCACAUUGCCAUAGAGCGACGCUGUAAGCAGUAUGUAGAGCUACUGGUGGAGCAGGGAGCUGACGUUCAUGCCCAGGCGAGGGGACGUUUUUUCCAGCCCAGAGAUGAAGGGGGCUACUUUUACUUUGGUAACGACAUCGCCAAUAAAUAUAUUUAUUACAGAGUCAAAAGGACAUACUUAUUUGUUCUGUGCUUUGGAAACCUUAUACUUUAACCUUAACAUUUUAGUCAGACAGUUGCGUAGAGAGUCUGAAGCUGUGACUGUGUUUUCUGCCUCUUGUGCUGAUAAUAAUGUGCUGUGUCUGUGGUUUCUAUGACUUCACUCUUUUGGUUUCCGCUCUGGGUCAGAAGUGGUUGCUCUGUCUUUUACAUCAGCGAGGUAGUACCAAAGUUUUACAAUGUGUUCUCCUGCAGCCGCCAACAUAAAAUAGUUAUGACCUUUUACUUGGUUCUGGCAGGGACACAAGGGUGAAAUUGGGUGAUAUUCGACCCACCCUUUCUCCUUUUUUUCACGCGGCAGGUUUUGGCUGAGAAUCACAGUCAUCAUACUGCUGUGGUCAAGCUAUGAAGUCUAACCUACACCCAAAUGUUUUUUGAAGCAUCGUACGAGGAACCGUCGCUAGCAGUGCUCCAUAAACACAUGAAAAGAGGAGCGUUGUGUCUUAUGUUAACAAGACUUGUCCAGUCAAAGGUGUCGGUGUCCAGCAGUGAAGAAAGUAAACUUCCUCUGUGGACCCUCCUCUGGGCAGGACUUCACUGACCCGUCAGAGCUAGAAAUAAAUCAGGGCCUAUAAACUUACCUCAUCACUGCCCUCUGCUGGAAAAAUGAAGGUGCAUCUACUGUACAUAUCCCACAGCAUGUUGUACCUAGGAAGAAAUAGGUCUUUAUUUAUAGCAUUGUAUCCUUUAAACCUGAUUUGUGAUCAUAUUCUCAUCAAAGUAAUUUAUGUGUCAUUCUUCAAAUAGAUUCAAAGGAGGCAGACACGGCUUGUUAGGGAUUCUUUUUCUUUUUUUAACCUUUCCAAUUUGAAGAAUACUUCAUUUGAUUGCAUUCAUAUGUUAUAUCCCUCUCUCAUCACAGAGAAGAUGAUUUCUAUUUGCACUUAGCAUGCUUGUCAUUCCCAAAUCCCAGCGUGUCCGGGCACAGUGUGGGUAAUUUGCUGCGGAGCUUUGCAGAGAGGUGAACAGGAACCUGGCAGGGCUGACGGCUAAUGGGAUUUAGACUCACGCUAACACUCUGCAUGCACCCGUGCAAAUCCAUGAAGAGGAGCGUUUCUAUGUGAGGUGACAAAGUAAUCUGUCACCCAUGGCAACAGCUCAUUUUCAGCAGCUGCUUUUGGCACUCUGGCCCCAUUGCGCCCCUCCCUCAAACAACUGCUAAUUGUGCAGUUUUCAUAGCAGGAAUUUGAGUCAAAUCUUUGAUCCGUGUUCAGUAUGCUUCGCAAAAUCAUACAGACACCGGUUACAGUUCUUAUUAUAAACGCUCAUGUUGAUUUGCUUAAUUUUAAUCUGAAACAUGUUUCCUUUAAUCUCUUAUGAGUUGAGUAUGAAGUGAGUACUCUUUCUCUGUGUGCACAGGUGAGCUGCCGCUCUCCCUGGCUGCAUGCACUAACCAACCUGACAUUGUGCACUAUCUGACUGAGAAUCCACACAAGAAGGCCGAUCUGCGACGCCAGGAUUCACGUGGAAACACAGUGCUGCACGCCCUGGUGCACAUUGCAGACAACACGAAGGACAACACACGCUUCCUAACUAAGAUGUAUGACCUGCUGCUCAUCAAGAGUGCCAAACUGUACCCAGACUGCAGUCUGGAGACUGUGAUCAACAACGAUGGCAUGUCGCCUCUUAUGAUGGCUGCCAAACUUGGCAAGAUAGGGGUAGGAAUAGUAAAACAAGAGUUCAAAAAAGUGAAUUUAUUUACAUUCCUGUUGGACAGAACAUUAAUAAGUCCAGGUCAGAGGUCAAAGAUCAGCUCUUCCUUGUUCUUCCAGGUUUUUCAGCACAUUAUCAGACGUGAGAUUAAAGAUGAGGAAGCUCGUCAUCUGUCGCGUAAAUUCAAGGACUGGGCUUAUGGGCCAGUGUACUCAUCUCUCUAUGAUCUGUCAUCACUGGAUACAUGCGGAGAGGAACCAUCGGUGCUGGAAAUCCUCGUCUAUAACAGCCGCAAUGAGGUGAGUCAGAAAAAUAUUUUUUUCCCCCGGGUUUAUUAUUCUGUUUUAAAUGAGUGAAUAUGAAAAAUGCAUCAACAAUGAUCUCCUCUUAUUUGCUGAGGGAUCAGGAUUUAUUCAGUUUCUGUGUAACUGCACUUUAUGUGAGUGCCGUGUGUCUGCUCCUGUUGUCAGAACCGCCAUGAGAUGCUGGCCGUGGAGCCCAUCAAUGAGCUGCUGAGGGCCAAAUGGCAGAAGUUUGCUGCUGUCACCUUUUACAUCAAUGUGGUUUCCUACCUCAUUACCAUGAUUAUCUUCACUCUGGUGGCGUAUUACCGCCCAACUCAAGGAACAGUGAGUGGAUUGAAAGUGUGGACAUGUUGGAUUAUACAGUGGACUGUCCAGUGGAAAGUAAUGAAUAUUUCCAACCAAUGGGAAAGCUCAUAAUCAUAUUUAUAUUUUUUGCAACAGCAGUUUAUUAACAUAAGCUUAUUGAGUUUACUUGUGUGUCUGAGCUAUUUUCACCACGUUUGUGUUUUGUUUCUUUAUAACACAUAGGUGUAGGUGUGUCAUUUGGGGUCAUGCAAAGGGAAAGGGACACAGUUUUUUUUUUUACCAGACAUUGUUUUUUUUUUAUUUUUUUUUUUAAUUGCCUGAAUUAAAAUGAUCUAAAGCUGAAGUCCCAAAUGGAACUUUUUAAACGUUCUUAUGAACCUGAUCGAUGCAUUUGUUAAAGUUAAGUCCAGUUUGACUUUUUUUUUGAUAAAUAGCCAGUACACUUGUGAGUUUCCUGAAUUUUUAUGUCUUUAUUUAUCUGUUUUUGUUAUGUAGGCCACACUACACAUUACAUGGCUUCAUACAGUUUAUAUAAACAGUGUUGGAGCAGAAUGUUGCAUCUAAAGUAGCAUUUUUGAUCUUAAUUAUUUUGUCUGUAUGGAAACUGAUAUGUGCAAAUGCUAGAUUGAGGUUUAACAUGCAAAUACUUAAAAGAACUGCAAGCUUUAUUUCACAUAGACAGAGGGACGUUGUUGUUAUCAAGAGAUUUAACUUAAUUUGCCGUCAACUUUUCUAAUAGUUGAACAUAAAUACAGUAAAUCUGUCAUCCUGCUUCUUUUCAGCCUCCAUACAGCUACACAACAUCAUCUGAUUACCUGCGAAUGGCCGGGGAAAUUCUAACCUUAGCGUCAGGAAUUUUCUUCCUCCUCACCAAUGUGAGUCAACACUCCCUGAUGCCUGAAAAACUGAGCUUGUAUUUUCUGCGAUAUCAUGGAAAUGUUGCUUCUGCUCUUCGCAGAUUAAGGACCUCUUCUUAAAGAAGUGCCCCGGGGUGAAAUCUUUAUUCAUCGACGGAUCAUUUCAACUGCUGUAGUAAGUCUCCAUUCUCCCUCCUUGCUUCCUCUUUUUCUCUCUCUGCUCUCACUCCUGCUGACUUUUACUCAAGGCAAACUUUGCAUCCUCUUAAGUGAGUCAUCUAAUUAAUUACUCAACCUUUUUAUAGUUUACAUCUUUAAUUAGAUGCAAUACAAACAAAGAGUAGAGAAUAUCAAACACUUUUAUGAACUCUGUUGAUGUAAAUCAUUAGAAAGAUUGCUGUUGUGUCUACGCCACAGUAAAAAAAACAGCAGUCAUCUCUUCCCGCCUUCCUGUCAUGUUUUUCUGUAGUGUCAGACAUUUUUUGGUGUUUUCUCUCCUCUCCAGCUUCAUCUACUCUUUGCUGGUUGUUGUCACUGCUGUUCUUUACCUGUCUGGUAUUGAAGCCUAUGUGUCUGUGAUGGUGUUUGCACUGGUAUUGGGCUGGAUGAACACGCUUUACUUCACCAGAGGCCUGAAGCUCACUGGCACCUACAGCAUCAUGAUACAGAAGGUUAGCUGAUGCAUAGAUACAAAAGAAAAAAACCAUGAUGUUACUACUCAGAUUGGCUUGACACUUUUUCUUCUUUUGUUUUUUGAUUGUAAGAUUUUAUUCAAAGACCUCUUCAGAUUCCUGCUGGUGUAUGUGCUCUUCAUGAUUGGAUAUGCAUCAGGUGGGUUUUAUCUGAACUUUGCAGGUUUAAAUCAAGGUUAAGUCUAACGAUUUUCACAGAGAUAUUUAAGAAUAUACAGUAUAUAUGUAUAUAUAUCAUUCCCACAUCUGUGAGGUUAAAGGAAGAUAAAGCUAACAUUUUGGGCAGGUCAUGGUUAGCUUUAAUGUUAUAGAAACAACAGUGUGUCUCUUGCAGGUUUGUUUGCUUAGCUAAGCUGAAUGUCGAACUGCUGAGUAAAACCUAACAUAGGAGUUUGCCCUUGCUAUAGUCUUAAUGCUAAACAAAACAAACCAUCAGGCAGUGAACUUAAAGCUAACAGGGUGUCGCCCAGUUUUGCUCUGCUUUAGGCUUUGCUGGACUAACUGUACCCUGGCCCCGGCUGUAUGUACGAACAGGAAGAUAAAGUACCUACAAAGCCCUCUAUAGUUCACUACUAAACCUACGUUCUCUGUUUGAUUGGUGCAAAACCCUUUCAUCCAAAUUAGGUCUGUUGAUGUUAAAUACAGGUAAAAUGACUGAUUAUGUAUGACUUCUUCCAGUUUUUGUGUUUUGUUUUGUGUUGUAUAGUUGUAUAGAUCCUCUCCUGUAAUGAACAGCAUGAAAAUAUUGACCGCAACAAAGCCACAGACACAAAGCCUAACCUCUUCUGUUUCCCUUCACAGCUCUGGUGUCCCUGUUGCCAGUGUGUCCUCCAGUGGGAACCGACUGCAGAGGAGAUUGCCCCACCUACCCUGAGUGCAGAGACCCAGAGACCUUCAGUAACUUCCUUCUGGAUCUAUUUAAGCUGACCAUUGGGAUGGGAGAACUGGAUAUGAUCGACAGUGCGCAGUAUCCUGCUGUCUUCUUAAUCCUGGUGGUUACCUACAUCAUCCUCACCUUUGUGCUGCUGCUUAACAUGUUGAUCGCUUUGAUGGGGGAGACGGUGGGACAGGUGUCCAAGGAGAGCAAGAAGAUCUGGAAAUUACAGGUGAGAUGGUGGUGGACAGUAUACAUACAAUUUCAUAUUCUUAUUAAUUCUUGUUAUGGUGUGCAGAAAGUUUGUCAUAAUUUUGAGAUGUAGAAGUACAAAAUGUUUAUCUCAACUUGCAUACUUUUUUUGUGGUGUUUAGAGUUUACCAAUGACAGGCGUCAAAACUUACCAACAUUAGCGUGGUAACCUGAUCACAAGGAUAGUGCUGAUGCUACAUUGUUAGCAGAUCUAGGAUUUAGCACACUCAUUAUUCCAACAAGAUGAAAACAUAAAGAAGCUCACAGUUGAGCUUAGCUUAAUGUACAUAUCACAAUUUGUUGAGCUUUAGUUAUUUUUGGGUGGCAGUAGCUCAGGAGGUAGAGCGCUCAGCCAAUAACUAGAAGGUUGGCGGUUCAAACCCUGUCCAUCCCGAGUCUGUCUGUUGUGUCCUUGGGUAAGACACCUAACUCACCUUGCUCCCAGUGUGUGUCCUCCACUGGUGUAUGAUUGUGAGUGUUGUGUGGUGGUGGUGGUCGGAGAGGCCGUAGGCCCAAACUGGCAGCCACCUUUCCAUCAGUCUGCCCCAGCUGUGACUACUAAGGUCAUUUACCACCACCAGGGUUUGACUGUGUGAGCGAAUGAAUGAAUGAUGAAUCCAAUGUAAAGCACUUUAAGGUCAAUGACAAAAAGUGCUAUAAAAUCUGAUAUAUUCUACUACAUGUGGAGAAAAAUCCCACUCAUAACUAAAUUGAAUGUUAAAGUUUCUCAAAAUGUAUUAAGCAUUGAGAAGGGUAAAUAUCUUUUCCCUUAAGUAGCAUGAACACUUUCCUAACAUGUUUAUGGAUUUGUAUGUAAUGUUGAUCCAUAGUGGGCAACCACCAUCUUGGACAUUGAACGCUCUUUCCCAGUCUGCCUUCGAAAGUCUUUUCGAGUAGGAGAGAUGGUGACAGUGGGAAAAAACUCGGACGGCACACCUGACCGACGCUGGUGCUUCAGGUAUUUUGCAUAGACACCUAUCAUGAGGUGCACCACGAGCAGCACCAUGUCACUUCAAAGAAAACAGCCAAUCCUAAUAUUGUCCUGUAAUAUCAGGGUGGAUGAGGUGAACUGGUGCCACUGGAAUCAGAACUUGGCGAUAAUCAACGAGGAUCCAGGCAAGAAUGAGACGUGUCAAGCCAACGGGUUACAGCAGAGCGUCCGAGCCUUAAGAAGAGGUGAGGUCUCCUUCUGUGCUCUCAUAAAUGAAUUUAUUCAGACAAAAAAAAAAAAAAGAUUUUCUUUCUGCAGAAGAUAAAAUAAAAUCCUUCCUGUUUUUAUCCUGCUCCAGACCGCUGGUCUACAGUGGUUCCCCGGGCAGUGGAGUUAAGUAAGGGUCCACGAAACCGUGAUCUGGUGGUAGAGAUGGAGCCGCUGACAUCCAGGCACUGAUGCCCUCCUGAUGAGGAGACAGCAGAGGGCAAUCGGCAUCAGCGGGAUCACUCUGCAGGGAACAGUUUGGCCAAUAAGUGCACUCAUUUCCAUAGAUCUUUGGUGCCUUUUGUGCAGAGGAAGUAUAAUGACUAUUAAAGCUGGUCUAUGUAUUUGGCUUAAGGAGGCACUUAGACAUACUGGAUGUGUAAUGGAAGUGAAAAUGAGUACGGCUGUUAUAAAAACCAAACAAAGUUAAAGAUAUUUACUCUGAGAAUGAAGUGAAGGACCCACAAUGCUUUAUUUUGUGAACUUUUACUUGUCGUAUAAGAAUCAAAACUAUAUCAUAACACUGUACUUUACCUCUGUAUGAAGGACAACAGUGACUGACCUCUCAGGGAUUUAAAAGGAUGAAAUAGUUCAGCAUUUCUAGUCUCAUUUAAGUCUUACAGAAUCAUGAAUUCACUGUGUGCUUAAAAAAAAAAGUUAAUUACUGUAUUAUUGCAUUAGCAGUGUAAUCAAAAGCUUUUAUAGAAAUGCCAUCUAAAGAUUUAUAAGCAAUAUAUGAUGUUUUUUUUUAGGAAAACAUUGUAAUAUAUAUUCACAGGCUUGGAAAGUAAAGUUAGCUUUUAAUUCGCUUGCUUGAUGUUUAAGAGGUUCCUUUAUAAGGAUUUUAUUUGAUACACUUAUUUAAAUGUUUACAACCUUCGGUGAACAGAAGAAGGACAAAUGUAUUUAUGAAACAUGUUUCUUCUCAAUUUACUUCAAUGAAUUAAUUAAUAGUUUCAAAGUAUAGAAGUGUCAGGCUUGGACUGCCAGCUGAGGCUGCACAGCUUUCAUUUGAACUGAAACAAUGCACUAUGACAGUUUGUGAUGUGUGCAUUAUUACAUGAACACAAAGACAUUGUUCCGAACAAGAUGGGCAUGAUGAGCAGGUUAGAGUUGUCAAGCAAAUAUGCAAAUGCUAGACAAUAGCCCUCUGUGUUAUGGUUUGUCUUUGAAUUUCCACAGUUAUUGUUCCUUUGCAGCUGGGGUAUUUGCAUAAUCAACUCUCAGGCCUUGCUAUUAUGUGCCUUCCCCCUAUUUGCUGCAGUGUUUUCAUUGCAAUUGGCUCCUUGCCCUAUAUAGCUUCUUGUUUAUACAACUACUGUAUGUAUGCAUGUAUUUGCGUUAUUGUGCUGCAUGACAGGGUUUGAUUAAGAGCAGAUAGAGCCUGCAGUUCAUCUUCGAUAAUUCAUUACUGCUGAAGGUCACAAGCCAUUGUUCACCGUGUUUACAUUGCUUUUAUAGAGAGAAAUGUCUAUACGUUUUUAUAUUUGUACAUAAGUGCACAAAACAAUAAACACUGAAAACAUUUCCUAAACCGCAAAA